AUGCUUCUGCAUUUCAUUAAAAUCGUAUAAAUCUUUUCGUAAAGAAAUCUACAUGACUUGUAAAAAUUCAAUGUUUCGUUAUUGAUUCCAUCAUUUAUAAUACGUUGACAGUGAAUAAAUAAUUCAGUGUGUUUAUUGCUUCAAUGGUUACUGUAAUGUUGCGGUUAUCACAGGUCUUUAUUUGCUAAAACUCCAUAUUUUAUUGAAAAUAUUCCAAGAUGAUUCAAGACGAUGAGUUCGAAGAACAGAUGCUGUCUCCAGAGCGUAUUAAAGCUCUGGGGUACAAGCCUCAGAAGGAACUCCUGAUUAAUCAACUAUUACCAUAUGCCUCUCAAUUGGAUGAAGAGUCCACAAAAUUCCUUGAACAAGUGAAGAUAAAUCUAGCCAAGGCAGUGAUGUUGCGAGAAAUGAAACCUUCAUGCGGAGUUUGGUCUUCGAGGCUCAUGAAGUAUAUAAGGCUGUAUGGAUUGAAAUUAUCAAAAGAGGAUCACAUUGCUCUGAUAAAAUUAGCAUUUGAACUUGUCCUCAUUCCCGACCUUGAACCUUGCAAAGUUCACAAGUUUGCCACUUUGUUUCUGAUGCUCACAAAAAAGAGGUAUUUAAUUUCACCAGAAGAGUUAACACUUCCAUGGCGCCCUCUGUAUGAGAUGGGAAGGAAAAUAUUUGACAAAAGUGAAACAGCUAUAGGAAUGUAUCAUUAUUUGGGGCAAAAUUCUAUGAAACAAGGUGUCGAUAUGCUCGACGUGAUUCGCAAAUUCCUGUCCGGUUAUGGGCUAGAUGACGCCCUUGAUCUGUUUGGACUUGCGACACAACACCAAUCUGAAUUUCCAACGUCUCUAGAAGGAACGUAUUUGUCGAUGAUUAAUUGCGCCAAACCAUACUUCGAUUUGAACGCCACAAAAGAGAUUCUGGAAGAAUUUUUACCUCAAUUAUCACCAUGGUCGUCGGAUUCUCACCCAGUAUCACAGUUAUCUUUAUUCCUACCAGUGGGCCUGCCCCCGAGUAAAGCUGAUUACGGACAUAAAUUAUGGUUUGAUAAACUUAUUGAACUGUGGGAAACCUGCUAUAAUCCACAAUUUGGCAUUAGUGAAUUGAUAGCAUUGUUUGCGGAUUUGUCGAAAAGGAACCCCGGCGCUGUUGAUUGGACGCCUCAUGUACCCAAAAUGUUCAUGUUCAUACUUCACUCGCUCAAUUUACCCGUCAGCUACAAAGAUAUGCAGUGCAGCAGAAAUUAUAACUUAGACAUUAAACAAGCAGCUACAUGGAUAGUGUGGAACAUAAGACCGGACGGUGUGGUGCUGAAACAUCUCAAGAGCUUCCUGGGAGGCAUCGAGAGCUAUCUGCACAGCGCCAACGCAGGCCGCUGGUCCUUCAAGCUCAGAGAUCUGCUCAGGAAGUUGGCUCGUGAAUUCCUAAACAGAGUGCGCAAGGAACGCAUGAAGAAGUACCUCGAGGGCUGGGAGAACAAAACUCCACCAGAGUUAAAGCUAAGAGAGGAGGAUAUCACCGAAUUUGUAAAGAUAAUGCUGGAGCCGACGCUGCAGGCCGUGUACAGCCGCAGCGGCUCCCUCGACGUCUCCAUCGCGCUGCAGAACCUGGCCAGCAUGCGGCCCGCCAUCGUCAUCCCGCCGCUGCUGGACAGGCUGAGGACCUCUCUCACCUCGCUGACGGAGCCGCACAGGGUCACCGCCGCCAUGUCCGCCGUGGCCGCCGUCGCCCGCCCCAUGCUGCGCGGCGGCGACGUCGACUACCCUGAGGGACCCACGCACGCCGUCCCCUUCCUCCUGGCGGUCCUGCCCGGACUGGAUCCCAAUGAUAUCAAGAAGACGUUGGUCACCUUGCACUUCAUUUUGAUCUUCAGCAGCAUGAUACCUUACAUAGACUGCAGCUCCGCCCACGAGUACUGGUCGGACCUCACCGAGGAGGAGCUGCUCGUGUGCGAGUCGACCGCCCAGCUCGAGGACUUCGUGCUCGUCUUCCUCGACCGUCUGUUCAUCAUCAUCGAGUCGAGUGCGAUGGAACACGUCCGCCUCGACACGAAGGACUCGGAAGGCAUGAGGAGCAAAACCGACGCCGUCACGGAGACGGCCAUAUCGUCCGCCGCGACCGGCGUGCUGAUGCAGUGCUCCCCGAAGAUAUUUAAGGAGGCGCUGAGGAAGUUCAAAUCGUUCGCGACGGACUCGACUUUCGAGACCAACGUGUCGGGCAGCAUGGUGGGCGUGCUGCUGCGGGUGUUCGCACGCAUAGACGCCGAGUCGACGUUGGCCGCCUUCCUGCCCCAGCUGUGCGCGGAACUCAACGAGAUCCUGGCGACGGACGAGGCGCUGCACGACGAGAACCCGCCGCGCGACCUCGUCUACCGGCUCGUGCUGCUGAUGAACCUCGUGCAGUGCGACGGCACCGUGCUGCUCAAGUACAUGCCCGACCUCGUUCCGGUCUUGGACAGGAUACUAAAGAUUCACGCGAAAUACGCUUUGACUCGGGCCUGUGAGGUUCUGGGAGGUAUUUUCUACUCGUUGUCGCAUUUCGAUUUGAAGGAAACGAGGAGUUCGCCGAAGGACUACAACGAGGCGCCAGAGAAGUGGCUGCCGAUUCGGGAGUGGGGUCGAGGGUGUCUGCUGCACGAGGCGCAGCUGCAGUGGCAUGUGCCGAGCGCGGCGGAGGCGGAGUGCGCGCAGGCGCUGAUGGACCGGUACUUGAUGCACGAGGUGCGUCGCCUGCGCCAGUGGCUCGCCGACGAGCGCCCCAUGUGCCGCGACCGCAAGCUCAGGAGCUUCUAUAUUAUUUAUGCUGCGCUCUCUGCGACCUCAUUCCUGCCACCCAAUGACGAGGAGCCGAUUAUUCUUACGGAGUCGCAAGUGCCGCCUACAAGUCUACCGUUUACAAAUGGCGUGCAAUACUCGGUGACGGUGGAGGGACAGAACGCGCGAGCCGCUAUCGUCGCGCUGUUGCUGGACGUGCAGGCCAAGAUGCUCGCCGCAGACACUGACGAGACCAGGGGUCUAGAAACGCUCACACAGUUAUGGGAGCGCGUGGUGGUGGUAAAGCCGGGCCGGUACACGCUGGGUCUGGAGGCGAGGCUGAGGUCCUACGGUGCAAUGGAUCGUGCACUGGACGGUCGCGGGCUGACGGGUCCUGUGGGUGCGCGGGCUCGUAUCCGCUCGCUGCUGGCAGACACAGUGCGCAUACAGGACGAGGCGCGCUUCGAGCUCAUCUGUGAGGCCGGCAUCACACCCUCCGCCUUGAAAGCUCUGCACGCUUUAUAUGAUCUCUCCAUCAAUACUUACACAUCGGUGCGCGUAUUAUCUCAAAUCCGUCUAUACUGGAUGCUGAGCCACUACCCGUACUCGUACCGCGCACUGCUGCCGCGGCUGGUGCAGCUGCUGGCUGCGGGCGGGGAGGGGGACGAGUGGCAUGCCCGGCACAAGGGAGCCCUCUUCAUCAUGCUGGGCCCUCGCACUGGACCACUCAUCGCCAAGCAGGACUGGCAGGUCGUACGGGAUCUCUCCCUGGCGGUACUGAGAGCACAGCUCAGCGAGAAACCUAGUAUCAUGAAGUUAGAGCAAGCAUUUGGUGAAACGUUACAUCGAAGUUUUCCAACUGUAAACACUCGCUUGAAGAUAUCUCAAGCAGCUUACGAAGCGGCCAAAUAUUUCCUAAAUGAGAGUCAAAUGAAUGAGCCAGAGUUUGUAAAGAUGCUGCAAGCCGCUGAGACCAGAGAGAAUCAGCUAUCUGAUGACACUGAAAAGAUAUAUAGAGAUUUUAUGGACGAAUUGAUUGAUAUAGCCUCAUCGCCUAAUGUACCAUGGCGUCGUUUGGAGCUGAUAAUGCAAAUAUUAACAUCAUGCUCAUCUCUACAAACUCCGUACCCGCCGCGUGCGGUACACUUUAUGGUACACGCAUUGGUACACGACGAUAUUACGGUACGCCGAUCUGCGCAGCGCCUCGUCGCAUUCUGUCUCAGACAGCGUAAAAGGAAAGUCGUCAAGAUGACUGUCGAUCCGUACCAGGUCGCCGGCGUACCUAAACCACAAGUACAUGUACCAGGUUACAGAAAAGACCUAGAGUGGGUGAUGUGGGACAAGGAUUACGUGCCGCAGACCGACGAAGAGUGGGAUAGACCCUGGCUCAAGAAAUCUCACUACGGAUUUUACUGUUGGCCCGAAAAGCUCGAGGUGGCAGCACCAUCACAUCAACAGUUCUACUUCACAGAACAGAAAGUAGAAGACAUGGAGGAAGGGGAGCGACAUAUAUUUGAAUUCUUCUUUGACGAUGCAAAUGUGGAUCGUCUCGUCGCUUUCCUUACUGUGGAAGAGAAGAAGGGAAAAGACAAAUUUAACGGCGUCCGUUUUAUUCUAUUCAAAUUAUUAUUUUCUCAUUUCGGUGAGAGGAUAGCGGUGAAGUUAUUGGAUCACGCACUACGGUGUGCUAGCGACCCCCAGGAGGCGCCGCAGCGACUGGCGGCUGAAGUAGCAGCGGCCGCUAUGUCAGCUCCGCGUUACUGGCCGAUGCAGCGCGCUCGUCUAAUGCACAACACCGCGCUAGAUAUUAUCAAAGCCGGUCUGACCGCGGUGACAGCGGAGACAAUUGAGGAUUGGGGCACGUGUCUGGCGACAGGAGUAGACAAGCUGGACCCUCGGCGCAGCGGGCACGUGCUCACUGCGCUGCUCAACUUCUGCGCACCACAGAGUACUGACGGCAAUGUUGACGACCAGCAGGCAUCAUUUGUACUCUGUGCACGACUUAUAGCACUACAGGGUGCAAUAGGCACAUUGACAUGGCGCGCUGCACCACUCGCAGCGGAGCUCCUCAAGAGAUUGGAGACCACCAACUUCAUACAACAUCCAUACCAAAACGUGCGAGAAACUGUUGGAAGUGCUUUAAUGACCAUAUUCGACACGGAGCUGGUGUUCCCUGGUGGGCAGAGUGGGCCAGCACCACGACUUGCGGACUUCCUAAGUGCUGUGCGGCCGCGUCUCGCUCCACUUUACGACGAACAUGGCGACAUCGUGGUAAAGAGCGUGGCGACGAUCACGAUGCCGUGCAGUGUGCAGAGCGCCAGCAUGGAGGCGUUGACGGCGCGCGCCGCAAUGCGAGCUGCGCGUGCGCAUGCACUGCUGCCCGCAGCACAGCACACACAGCACACACAGCACACACAGCACACAACACACACACCGCAUGACGUCACUGCACAGGCGAGUUCGAGCGCUAGCGGCGAGGGCGAGAGCGAGGCGGAGGUGGUAGACGAAGCGGAAGGGGAGGCGGAAGGCGAGGGAGAGGGCGGGGAGGUGCUGGAGCUGCAACUGGAGGAGCAGCUGAAUGCCUCGUUGCGGCUGGCGGGCGACACCGCGGCCCCCGCUGCCGCCGCCACUGCUGCCUCGCCGGCGGACCACGCUAACGCAGUCAACCUGCUCACUACAGUACUCCGCGGCUGCAUGGGGCUGGUGGUGCGAGGUUCGAGCAACCACGUGGACGCACAGUACUGCAUAGUGGGUAUAGCUUGCGCGGCGGCGACGCGCGGUCCUCUGCAGCCUCACGAGGAGCUGGGCCGCGCUGCGGGCGGGCUGCUGGCCGGCCUCGCCUGCGCCCCGCACGCCCCCGCCGCCUGCUGCGACGCGCUGCGCACGCUGCGCUCGCUGGCCGGCGCGCGCUCCUGGUGGGCCCGGCUCGCGUGUGUCGAACUUGCCCAGCCGCUGCUCUUCUACGCUCUGCCCGUGCUCUGCGCGAAUGAGGACUACGCCAAGGAAGCGGAGCAGUUCGCUUUGACGCUCAUGAAGGACAGGAGACUCGAGGUGAGGCAAACGGCUGCCAAACUGCUGACGGGUCUGAUGCACUGCAAGGCGCUGCCCGACGAGGAGCGCACGCUGCAGCUGCUGACGCGCAGCUGCAGGUCGCCGGAGCUGGUGGAGAAGCACCGCGGAGUGCUGGGGCUGUGCGCGUACCUCGCCUCGCGCCCCUACAGCCUGGGCCCGCGCCUCGGCCUCGUGCUGGCGGAGCUGGCGCGACACACCGGCGCACCAGACCCCAUUCCGGCCACAAUACGUACAUCACUCGCUGACUUCAGGAGGACGCACCAGGACGACUGGCAGAAGCAUCGCGACCAGCUCACUGAGGAGGAACUAGACCUACUCUCGGAUCUCACAUCGCCACCAUCGUAUUUUGCGUAAAUAACACAUAAAUUGGACAUGGAAUUAUCGUAUCUAGGUGGAAACUAGCAUCAUAGGUAAACGCCACUUGUACCUUGUUUUAAUAUUUUAUAGUUAACUAAAUCUAUUCUGACAUAUGUAUCUUAGGACAAAUCUUUUGUUCCUUCUUGAUUUCUUGUUUAUGGUAGCGGGUUUAGGAUAACAGUACCAUAAUAAGCGUUAUCGUAAACGGUUAUUUUGUUAAAAAAUCAAGCUAUCGUUAUUGUAACCGAUUACGGGUAACCAAGCGGAAGAGUUUCGACUUUAAUCUGUAUUUUUAUUGUAUAAUACAAGAUUUAUAGAGGAAUUAUAUUAUUAGGUAGCCAUAAAUAUUUGUACAUUAUAUUGUAAUAUGUGUACUAAAAGGGAUUGGAGGAAGGAAGGGUCAUUGGGAAAGGAAAAGGUAGUUUUAUAAUGUAAUUCAAAUAACUACAUACUAAAUAAAAUUAUUGCGUGAGCUAC